ACACACACACAGUGAGUGAGACAUAAACACUCGAUCACACACUUUUAUUAAGCUACACAUACAUUUACGUUUUUAGUCAUUUAGCAGACGCUCUUAUCCAGAGUUACAGUUGGUGCAUAACACACACACCAUAUCACUAGAUCGAUUACUCACUAGCAAUAUGUUAAAUCUUAUUUUCCAUAUAUCCCAUCAUCUUUUAUUUCUUCAUCAUUCUACUCUACUAGAUGUAAACUGUACAUUGUUUUUCCAUCUUUAAAUUGUUAAUUACAUUGUUUCUUAUUCAGGAGUGGCGUUUCAAUUAGUUUUUAAAUAAAAAUGGAAAACCCUUCACUUAGCACAUGAAAAUCAUGAAAUCACAAAAUAUUAACACUGUGUGUGUCUGCUCGCGGGAGAGCUAAAGAGGGAGUGAGGGCCAGAGAAAGACGGAAGGAAACAUGUGAUUUAUAGGUUACUGAAGAGUUCGUUCCUCUUGCUCCAGUCCAUGGCAGGGGCCUUCUUGGAUGAGCGUUUAUGAUGAGGUUGUAACGAGCCAUGGGCCCAUCGAGGCUGACAAGGACAACAUCAGACAGGAGCCCUACUCUCUACCACAGGGCUUUAUGUGGGACACUCUGGACCUCAGCAACGCUGACGUGCUGAAAGAGUUGUACACCUUGUUGAAUGAGAACUAUGUGGAGGAUGAUGACAACAUGUUUAGAUUUGAUUACUCACCCAACUUUCUCAAAUGGGCGUUGCGUCCUCCAGGCUGGUUGCCCCAGUGGCAUUGUGGGGUGAGGGUUUCCUCCAAUAAGAAACUGGUUGGUUUCAUCAGUGCCAUUCCUGCUGAUAUCCACAUAUACGACACCUUAAAGAAGAUGGUUGAGAUAAACUUCUUGUGUGUCCAUAAGAAAUUGCGUUCGAAGCGUGUGGCUCCAGUUCUGAUCAGGGAGAUCACACGAAGGGUUAACUUGGAGGGUAUAUUCCAGGCUGUCUACACGGCAGGAGUGGUACUACCCAAACCUGUGUCUACCUGCAGGUACUGGCAUCGUUCUCUGAACCCCAGGAAGCUGGUGGAGGUGAAAUUCUCUCACCUGAGCAGAAACAUGACGCUGCAGAGAACCAUGAAACUGUAUAGACUACCGGACAGCACUAAGACCCCGGGCUUGCGGGCGAUGGAGAGGCGUGACGUGCGUCAGGUGACGGAGCUGCUGCAGAAGCACAUGAGACGUUUCCAGCUGGCGCCCUCUAUGGGCGAGGAGGAGGUGGCACACUGGUUCCUCCCUCAGGACAACAUUAUAGACACAUUCGUAGUGGAGGGUGCCGGUGGUGUGUUGACAGACUUCACUAGUUUCUACACCCUGCCCUCCACAGUGAUGCACCAUCCACAGCACAGAAGUCUGAAGGCUGCUUACUCCUUCUACAGUGUUUACACACACGUUCCACUACUGGACCUGAUGAAUGACACACUCAUACUGGCCAAACUGGUGCUGCGCGCGCACACACACACACACACACACACUUUUUCCAACAUAACUACAAAGGUUCAACAGAACUACGAUCACGUCCAUCUAAAUGGUGUGUGUUUGUGUGUCACACAGAAAGGCUUUGAUGUGUUUAAUGCUCUGGACCUGAUGGAGAACAAGGUGUUUCUGGAGAAGCUCAAAUUUGGCAUCGGAGACGGCAACCUGCAGUAUUACCUCUUUAACUGGAAAUGUCCCUCCAUGGACCCCGACAUGGUUGGCCUUGUUCUUCAAUAACUAGUCUGUCUGUGACUGCUACACACUCAGUUAGAGGUCAAAGGUCGUCGCUCGACCUGGACACACAGGAGAAGAGAAUGACAACAAUCAAUCAAUCAAAGUGAUCGGGAGGUGAGCAUCUCCAGAACAUUCUCUCUGCUCACCCGGAAGUGAUAACUAUUUUUAACCAUCAACAUCCUGAAUGUGAAAUCAUGCUCUGCCUGAGACAGACUCUCGUACAGUACAGUACACCUCUACACACACACACACACACACACACAUUACAU